ACGUUAUCCUCCAAGAGAUUUUUCAUAGUUUUUGUCAGAUUGCCUCUCUUACAGACAAACUCCAGUUUAGUCUGUCCAACAACCUCAGCUAUGACAACUCCACUACAGCCUUUACGGGUAUUUAUAUACCAGAGACAGACGGCAGUCGAUUCCUGCUCCGCUCAACCGUCCGAUCCCGGUCUGUCAUCGAACCCAUCUUCUGUUAAAGACCAGGGAAGCAAGCUCUCACAGGAUCCAAAGAGCGGCAGUGUCAGCAAAGCCCGCCCGAAUUCAGAACGCUCCAAAAGCUCUUAUACAUAUCAUCCUGUUACAUCAUGGAAAUGUUCGAGUGAAGAACGCCUUUUCCUAGAAACUGCAUAUGGACUGCAACUGACAGUUGUUAACUGUGGUGACAUCAAUAGCACUGUUGAUAUUUCCACAGAGGUUGAUCAGAGACACAGAGUGGAGCCACAAAGAAGAGAGUGUCAAUAUCAUUAUCGAUUGUUUCCAGACUGGCAAACAUCGUAUCUCUGGUAUGACACAAGGUCACCUCACAACCCACCUGACGAGAUCCACGUCGAUGAGGACAUAAUUGAGGCUCGAUAUCCCACACUAGCGCCGUUCUAUUUUGCGUGGCAGGACAUAUAUGAGGGCUCAUUUACCGCGCAGGGGUGUGACAGAGGAAGUGGUUUGGAUGUUUUCCCGGACAUUGCUGUUCACAUUGGUUGGGAGGUUGAAGGCUUACUCAUUGCAUGCUGGCUGGUGCUGCAGGAUGAUGUGGAACAGGUGAAAUAUGAGCUUGCGACAGGGAUGUAUUGGAUCAAGAAGGACAAUUUGGGCGACAUUCUGAGGCAAUUUCUCACAGAUAUGGAUUCUCUACUAUAAUCGAAGCAGCCAGAGACGACAUUAAUAGUCGGAUUGAGUAACUUGGUUCUAUGAUUCCGGGUGUCUAUAGUUAGCAUAUCUACAACACCGUGGGGCUACAAUCUAAAAAUAGCUUGCAAAGAUUAUGCUAUGACAUUGUGAAGCUCAUAUGCUCAAGCUGUGUCCAAUGUUCGACUUCUAUGCCCAGCAUUUCUUUCGAAGUCUAGACAUUUGAGCUUGAUCUUUGCCCAACCAGAGAGGUAUUUCUUGCUCUGGGAUUAUACAGGGGAAAAAUAUUUGACAUGGUGGCAGACGGCUGAUGGGGAGAAGUUGGUAUAGUACGCACCACGGUUUCAAGGAACAUGGCCGUGGCUAUAUUCUGCUCCUGAGAGGGGAACUACUUUUGGGCUUGCAGUCGCGUCGUGUUUUGUGCACUCCAUUUUAGGCACACGUCUGCUCUUUAUCUGCUCCCUCCCAAGCCGUAUAAAUACCAUGCGCUUUGCUUGCGGCGAGCAAAGCAUUCUCGUCGAUACCCUUCAGUUUGGACGCAUAUCUCUGUAUACCUGCAUUCUCCUGAUCUCCGCUCUCUCUUUAUAGUCAACAUGGAAUGGCCACAGCUGACACUUGAAGACAAUCAACCGCAUCCGCUCCAGAGCCCGGUUGAACCCUGGGGAUACAUAAAUUUCCGGCCGUUGAGCACGGAAAGAAAUGCCCUAGGUAAGGAUUUAAUUGUAAAUGUCUAUAGUUUGGGGGGAAAUGCCUUGAGAACAACAAAUACAGGUUUCCAUAAAAUUUGAUUCAUUCCCUGAGAGACAAAAAUAUUGAUGUAUAUAUAACAUAUGUAGAAUAAUCCAAAUGAUAAGAAUUAAUUCUUACAUCUCCGAAAUGAAACACGGGCAUCGGUUUAGCCCAUAAUGCCUUCCUCUCAUUGGCGAAACCUGUGGAAUGUGUCAUUAUCACUGGUGUUAUCAAGAGCUACUAGUUUGACUGUAGAUUAUCCUCA